AAAGCUACCUGUUCAGAAGGGAGUUCAGUAUUUGCGGCACGCUGCUGAGGCAAUCUGCCUGUGCAGUGCUAUUUCUGUGUUCCAAUGGCGUGUGGAGAGAAAGGGGGCAGUACGAUUUUGUUAUGCCUAGGGCUUGUUUUGGUUGCUUGUUGUCACGGCACGAUAUUUACAAAACUAAAGGCGUUGGAUAAGUUAAGAGGAAACUCUACGCUUAGCCAUGGUCAAUCUACAGGAAGUGCGCUGCGUUAUGGGAGGCUCUUCAUUGGGCGAAAUCCUGUGCAGCGGGCUAAACUUAAGGGAGCCAAGACCACAAAGAGCUUACUGGAUGUUGAUAAAGAUUACCAAGCAGACAUGGGUCGGGGGCAGCCCAAGCAACCAGAAAAACAGGACUCUUCAUGGCUGGAACCAGAUGAUGCAGCUGUGGAAAAAAUCCUUAAAAUGGCACCUAAAGUUGAAUGUACAGGAGACUCCAUGAAGCUUCAAGUCCGAGGUUCUGUUUCUACUCCAGGAUCUCUGUUUUUUGUUGACAGGGGAAGUCAUCUGUCUCCCCUGCCUCUGUCCAAGUUGCCGUCCAGCUGUGGUUAUACCAUAAGGUCGACACGGAGAGAUUUGGUCUUAGCUGCACCUUAUGAUGGUUGUUUUGUUUCUCUUCAGGAGGACAGCUAUGUUCUUCCACUGCUUUGGCUGGGGUUACCAGUGAGGAUGUCAUGCCCUUUGUUGAAGCAUUCUUCACCUAAUCCUCCGAUGGUGACUUGCCAUGUUGAGGGCAUGGUGGUGAAAAUGGAAUGGACAAUCUCUGUUGCUAAAAUUAAAGUACACUUGAACGGUAACUGGGAGCCACUGAUGAUAGCCUCUCCAAGAUGUGGAUUCAGUGUUGUUGAGCACCCUGAAGGGGUUGUCAUCUCGGUUCGCUAUACACCCUGCCUGGCAAAGAAGGAUGGAAUGUUCACCCUGGAACUGGCUGGAGAUGUAGAAACUAAAAUUUCCUGUCCAUCACUGGCUCCAGCUCAACUUGAACCCACAAAAAGCCCAUCAAAGGGUCCAGAACAGCAAACCAAAACCCCAAGUGAAGGAGUGUAUUUCUCCAGACCAUCACAUAGUUCUGCUUCAAUCCAUUCUCCUGAACCUCUGAAAAAUCUUGCACAACCUGCUGUUCCCCAGGAAACAGGUUUUCCUCAAACCCCAGAGGAACCAACUGAGAAACCAAGUCCAGGUCCAAAGGAUAUGCAUCAACCUCAGUUACCUUACUUCCCUUUUUACCACAAUUUCUUUUACCCUUCCCCCUCAAAUCUAGACCAAACUGUCAUUCCUGCACAUGUGCCAUUGAAACCCUGGGCAGCCCAACCUGAGCAAAUACCCAUAGAAAGAGAAAAUCCACAGCCUCAAGCCACCCACCAGCCCAAUGGCCAGCAGAAACUACCCUUUUACCCAUUUCCAUUUUAUGAUAGAGCAUCUUAUCCUGACAGUGUCCCUCCUGCAUCCAGGCCUCAACUGAAACCUUUACCUCCUACAGCUCCUCCAGUUGUCAAAAAGCCACCAGUAACUAAACCACCAAAAGGAAAACUACAAGAAUAUCUCCUUCCAAAUCCAUCUUGGCCUCCACAGGAACCUGUAAAGCCAUUUGCAAGCCAACCCGAGGGCAGAGAACACAGACCUCUUUAUCCAAUUCCAGCUCCAGAACCUUCAAAAUCACCACAGCCUGAAGCUCCUCAAGGCCAAGUAUACCUACCUUUUUACCCCAACCCUUUCUACCCACAGCCAAAGCCUGAUAUUAAACCAACUACAAAGCCAACAACUAUUCCAGAGCCGUCAAAAUCACCACAGCCUGAAGCUCCUCAAAGCCAAGUAUACCUACCUUUUUACCCCAACCUCUUCUACCCACAGCCAGAGCCUGAUAUUAAACCAACUACAAAGCCAACAGCUAUCUCAGAGCCUUCAAAAUCACCACAGCCUGAAGCUCCCCAAAGCCAAGUACACCUGCCUUUUUAUCCCAACCCCUUCUAUCCACAGCCUGAAAUUCAUCCAUCUAAAAAUCCCACUGCUGUUCCAAAGGCCCCAGCAACUGAAACACCUACCACCUACCAUCAACCAUUCAAGAUACCAGGUGCUGGAGCAGACAGUAAAGCUUCUGCUGAAAAGUCAGUUCCCAGUGAAUGGCCUACACUUAUGAAACCUUCAGAGGGCCAGCCACCUCUGCCCUUCAACCCAUACUACCACCCACUGCAGCCACAGCUUCCCCAGCCUGUAACGCUGCCUCCUGCUACCUUCAUGCAGCAACCACAACAUGUCACUAUUCCAUCCAGUGGUCAUACCCCCCAGGAAUCUACCAAUUCCCUGCCUAGCAAUGGUGGUAUAGUCCCAAAAGACCCUCAGCUAGGCUCUAAUAUGCCACCUGUAUACUGCUCUCCAUUUUGCCCUUCUGGAUUUUCUAAUUGCUGUCCACAAAUUGCUUUUCAUCAGCAUCUCCAUCACAUUGUUCCUGCUGGACCUGCCACUAAAGAUGUACCUUCAGUCUACACAGGAUUGCCAUUCCUGCCUUCAGUGGCAUAUUCUGGGUUUGCCAGUGGCUUUGGUCCCACGCCUCUUCCACUUAAGCCAACUGAAGCUACCACAGCGUCUACCUUUGCACCUGUUUCACAUCAAUUCCUUCAAUCUGGAAAUGAGAAGCUACAUUUCCAGCCACCAGAUGGCAACCCUGCUGCACUACCUGGAAGUAAUCCCAGCAAGCCUACAAAUCCUGAACAACAAAUUUACUCUUAUUUUGUGCCCAAUUUACAAUAUCCUUAUUUGCCAUAUCAACCACAACAGGAGGAGUCUGAAAAUUUACCACAAAGGCCAUCCCCAGCUGACUAUAGUGUCCCCUCUAAAAUUCAGUCUCCAGGUAAUGAACCAGUAAAUCCAAUGGUGCCAUAUAAUAUUCAGCUGCAAAAUCAGCAAAACAUGGCUUGGGACAUGAAUAACCCCUCUGGACCUAAUUUAAUGUCUUUUAUCAGCCACCUACAACAGCAGGAUUCAGCUGAUGGCCAAGGACCUACUUUUAAAAAGGUCGUAGUCCCUAACAGCAACUCGACACAACCGCAGACCAGACAUGAACAGACUGUGAAUGCCCAUUCUGAGCCAAAGACUUAUGUGCUGCUACAACAUGGCCCACCAGGCAGGGAGCCUAGCAGUUUCAGUCAGAAUUUAAGUCCUUCACAGGAAAAACCCCAACGCCCCAAAUGGCUGGGGAAAGGAAUGCCCUAUCCCUUACCUGAUGUCAAUUUGAUCCCAAGGCCUGGAGGUAAAUCGGAAAAUUUGCCAUUUCUUGUCUCUGCUCCUAGUGGCCCCCAUUUUGUGCCUUUGCACCAGGACCCCUCUAUCAGUAUGGCACAUUCAAAGCCUAUGUUCUUUAAUUCAUUCAAAGAUUUGUGGAAACCCAUGACACUACAAGGCACCAGCACAAGGAUUCCGCCUCAUAUUCCUGGAAAGUUAUUUCAACAAUGGAGCUCUGCAGCUGAGCAGCAAGAAGGUAGAAAACAAGAGUAACAAAUUUCAUUUGGUGUGAAUAAAUAUUUGAAACAGUUUACCUGA